AAACAAAGAACAAAAAUCACAAACCAAAAGUCAAAUUACAAUUACAAUGCGUAUUUAAUCGAAAUUGUAUGUAAAAUAAAUCAAAUGAUGGAAUUCCUUGAAAGGAUAAGCAGGACAUUUGAAAAUAUAAGAACCACAAUUAAAUGUAAGGACAGCGGAGACAAAGUGGCUGCCUUGAAGAGGGAUAUCCAGUCUCUAGCGGCGGAGAUCACUGUUCUUGGUAAGCAAAACCAUGAAGACUACGUCCGGGGUCUCGCCAUGGAGGGCUACUUAGCUUUAUUGACCGCUAAAGUCCUACCGAUUCCCCUGGUCGAGAAAAGAAACGUCCUCCAGACAGCUUUCGAGAAACUCAAGCCUUACGCUCUUCGAGAUGAAUGCCUCUUCAUUUACCUUCGCAUUCAAAACCUUUUAUGCUAUUACUUGAUUAAUCUGGAACAGUUCCAACUCGCGCAAGAAAUCCUCGAAGCGACAGAAGACGUAUAUGACAAGAUAAUUCCGAAAGCGGACAUUUAUCUAGAUGCCGAGCACAUGUUUACGUGCGACCCGCUUCCCAACGUCCGUCCUGUCAGCCCUGACAAAAUUGACAGAAUUAUCACUAACAAUGUUCAAAUGCAAGCAUUUUUGUACAACAAAAUGAACAUACCAGACAAGUACUGUCUAUACAAUCAUACGGCGCUUCGGAGACAGUUGGAUCUGAAGGAAGGAACGCCGCAAGACUGGGCUUUGAGAGUGGCGAGAUUAGGCAACUACUUCACCUAUUUAAACCAACUUGAAAACGCUCGUCACCACCUCUGCGCCGCGUACCAUGUCCUUCGGACCUGCCACGACAACUGCAAACUGAUGCCUGAAGAGUUCGUGCUGCAGAAAACCGAUUUCGAAAUCCAUUUCCUGGAGAUAGGUCACCAUUUCGUCAAAUACGGUUUGACGUUAUUCAAACUAUCCAAGAAGCAUGUUUUGGAUAAGUAUUUUUCUGAAGGAAGUUCGAAGGCUGAUCUUUGGAAAACGGUAACCAUGGGAUCGGAGAAGCUUGAGAAAGAUGUUGAGAAGUCGCAAGGGGAUAUGCCGUCGGACAAUGUUUUCUGUUUCGCUUCACUAGAUUUAAAGGAGAUAGAAGCGAGGGUGCCUGCACAGUUUGUGAACAGUAGAGAAGAGGCGCGCAAGCUAUUCAGUUUCACACAUAAAUGGAUCAUGCGCACGAAACACUAUUACGACUUCGAGAAUCACCAGGCCCAGUACAUAUCCUGUUCUCUCCAGCUGGCUGAGUUGUACGAGCACUUGGCUUUUUUCGAAAAGAAUAUUGAUAACCAAUACAAUAUACAGAAGCGCCGUUCUGAAGUGCUGGAGACAUUGAACGCCCUUCUAAAGACCUGUGACACUGUGAUGUCUGUUCAGGUUGACGUGAUUCGCGAGUUGUCGCAAGUGCAGCUAGAACUGAUGGCGUUGAACCUCCAGAAAUUGUGGAGAGAUGAGUCUCAGACAAAUAUCUUCAACUUAGACGCGGACGCAGAUUCCAUCAUCAAUUCCCUGGACUCUGCUUCUAAUAAGACCUUGACAGAGAGAACGCUGAACACGUCUUCGAAGAACAUGUUUCUGAGAAAGAUGGAGGCCGCCACCGCUUUGAACGGGAAGCUGAUUAGACUCAGUGGCCAGCUCAGAGAACCUAAAGUGUCUGAAAUCAGUCAGAUGAGCUUUGAAUGGCUCUCACCGUAA